UUUUGAAUCCAUUUGUGCUGUUUAACACCCCUUCUUUCUUUGAACUUUUCAUGUAACAUUUGAUUUUGGUAUAUAAAAAAUCAAAACUUUAAAAUGUUUAAUCUGAGGUUGGUUUUUAAACGCUUCAUAGUAAAUAUGUGAUCAUACAUAAACAAGGGAAUAAUAAUUACAGAUAAACAUUAAAUGUGAUAGCAAGCUGUGGAAUGUUUGUUUUCUUCUUCAAUGUGCCAAGAUGUCCUUACUUCUUGUAACCUACUUAACAUUAAUCAUUGUCAUCACCUAUAAGAUUGUUUUGGUGGUGUAUAACUAUAUAGAAACCAUUCGUGUAGCAAGAAAAGUCCCUGGCUUUGAAGAUACUCGUUUCAUACAAGGCGAUUUAUGGAUGGAUUCAUAUGACGAUUAUUUAAAGAAAUCACUAGACUUUGUCCAAACGACCGGGGUCAAGAUGCAUAAAAUAUGGGUGUAUUUCUUUUACCCCGUCUAUUGCCUAAGCCACCCAGAUACUGCGAAGGUGAUAUUGAAAUCGUCCUUACCGAAGGAUCUUUCUAUAGGAAGCAAUUAUCAUAUACUAAAAACAUGGACGGGUAAUGGCAUACUAACGAACGCAGGCGGAAGUGUUUGGAAACGUCACAGGCGACUUCUAUCAUUGGCCUACCAUUUUGACAUUCUACACAAUUAUGUCAUAAAAUUUAACACUGUCGCCGAGGAACUGCUGAUACGAUUAUCCCAGUGUCGAGAUACAAGUAUAGAAAUAUGUCAGCCUGUAUACAUGGCAACAGUAGAUGCUUCGUUACAGUGUGCUUUCUCAUACCAUGGGGGUAUUCAGAACUCAGGACUUGACCAUCCUUAUGUUGCGGCUAUUCAUGAAUUGACCAACUACUGCUUCCAAAGAAUGAGCAACCCUUUGUUAUAUCCAGAUUUUAUAUUCGAAAGAACAAGAAUGGGCAAACGAUUUCAUUUAUUGUGUAAAUACAUACAUCGUUUCGUAGAUGGCAUUAUUAAAGCACGUGGACAUACCGCAUUACAGGAACCAGACUUCUUGGAUAUUCUAAUGACGACACAGGAUGAAAAUGGUGUCGGACUUAACGAUACAGAAAUACGAGAUGAGGUCAAAACAUUUUUGUUCGCAGGUCACAACACAGUAAGUUCUGCGAUAAGCUGGUCCAUAUACUUACUAGGAAAAUAUCCAGAAAUACAAGAAAACAUUUACGAAGAGGUUAUAGGAAUCGUCGGAACAGCAAACGUAAAAUGGGAUCAUUUGAGCAAGAUGACAUGUUUAAACUGUUUUAUCAAAGAGGUAUUACGUAUGUAUAGCAUAGUACCGGUUAUUCGCCGAACUCUAGAAACUGAAGUUACUAUAGAAAAUGUCACAUUGCCGUCCGGUGCUACGGUAGAAAUCAACAUACAUACAAUAAACCAUAACAGCGUGUUAUGGCCUGAUCACCAGGAUUUUCGACCUGAAAGAUUUUUAGACGCAACAUUAGAGAAAGAUCCUUUUAGUUUCAUUCCAUUUUCAGCAGGAUCGAGGAAUUGUAUUGGAAAGAAUUUUGCUCUGAACGAACUUAAAGUCAUCCUGUCGCGAAUCGUGCAAACAUUUCGUAUAGAGUUGGAUCGCAGUCAUAAAGUUAUUCAAGAAACAAAGUUGGUAAGGACACCAAAAACUGGAAUCAAAGUUUAUCUCCAUUCUCGUUAAACUGACCGACUCAUUUCGUUGAAUCAACAAGAAAUUGGAGAAAUGAAAUAAUUUUCCUUAUAAACAUUGAGAAAGAAAUAAGUGAAAAGACAAAACCAGUUUAAAUUUAUAUUUUCUGGUAUAUAGAUUAAAGAUUUUAUUUCCAAAACACCAGAAGGUCACUUACCCAUGUGGCCGACAUUUACAUACUAAAUAUGGCUACAACAAUUUAACAUGUUAUACUAUUAAUUAGUGCAGAGUUAUAAUACACAAUGCUAAUGAGUAUCGUUUUAUAUAUAGGGACAGACAAACAUGUGUACAGUACAGUUAUUGAUAAUCUCAGUAACAUUGGUCUACCCACACCCUUUUGGAUUAUCGUUUGUCUUUGAAAUCUGCAAAUCCAUUGUAAAAUCCUUACCUAGCAGUGACAAUCAGCAGGCGGUAAUAUCGCCGAAAAAUGACUGAUCUAUUGCCAUAUAGCUACAU